AUGGCAACCGUGACGGCCACAACCAAAGUGCCAGAGGUCCGCGAUGUGACGAGAAUUGAGCGUAUUGGCGCCCACUCCCACAUCCGCGGGCUGGGGCUGGACGACGCCUUGGAGCCGCGGCAGGCGUCCCAGGGCAUGGUGGGCCAGCUGGCGGCCCGGCGGGCGGCGGGCGUGGUGUUGGAGAUGAUCCGAGAAGGGAAGAUCGCGGGCCGGGCGGUGCUCAUCGCCGGGCAGCCGGGCACCGGGAAGACGGCCAUCGCCAUGGGCAUGGCGCAGGCCCUGGGCCCGGACACCCCGUUCACCGCCAUAGCGGGCAGCGAGAUCUUCUCCCUGGAGAUGAGCAAGACAGAGGCGCUGACGCAGGCCUUCCGCAGGUCCAUCGGCGUCCGCAUCAAGGAGGAGACGGAGAUCAUCGAAGGGGAGGUGGUGGAGAUCCAGAUUGACCGGCCGGCCACGGGGACGGGCUCCAAGGUGGGCAAGCUGACCCUCAAGACCACCGAGAUGGAGACCAUCUACGACCUGGGCACCAAGAUGAUCGAGUCCCUGACCAAGGACAAGGUCCAGGCCGGGGAUGUGAUCACCAUCGACAAGGCCACUGGCAAGAUCUCCAAGCUCGGCCGCUCCUUCACGCGCGCCCGUGACUACGACGCCAUGGGCUCCCAGACCAAGUUCGUGCAGUGCCCGGACGGGGAGCUACAGAAGCGCAAGGAGGUGGUGCACACCGUGUCCUUGCACGAGAUCGACGUCAUCAACUCCCGCACCCAGGGCUUCCUGGCCCUCUUCUCAGGCGACACAGGGGAGAUCAAGUCAGAAGUCCGAGAGCAGAUCAACGCCAAGGUGGCCGAGUGGCGCGAGGAGGGCAAGGCGGAGAUCAUCCCCGGGGUGCUGUUCAUCGAUGAGGUCCACAUGCUGGACAUCGAGAGCUUCUCCUUCCUCAACCGGGCGCUGGAGAGCGACAUGGCGCCCGUGCUCAUCAUGGCCACCAACCGCGGCAUCACCCGGAUCCGGGGGACCAGCUACCAGAGCCCCCACGGCAUCCCCAUCGACCUGCUGGACCGGCUGCUCAUCGUCUCCACCUCCCCCUACAGCGAGAAGGACACAAAGCAGAUCCUCCGCAUCCGGUGUGAGGAGGAGGAUGUGGAGAUGAGUGAGGACGCCUACACGGUGCUGACCCGCAUCGGGCUGGAGACCUCCCUGCGCUACGCCAUCCAGCUCAUCACGGCCGCCAGCCUGGUGUGCCGCAAGCGCAAGGGCACGGAGGUGCAGGUGGACGACAUCAAGCGGGUCUACUCGCUCUUCCUGGACGAGUCGCGCUCCACGCAGUACAUGAAGGAGUACCAGGACGCCUUCCUCUUCAACGAGCUCAAAGGCGAGACGAUGGACACCUCCUGA